GCACCCUGCCAGCUCCCGGAACGGGGCUAAAAAGGACCGCCGCUCGGGAGCCCGCGGGAGCUAUCGGUGUGGCGCUGAGAGCCGCUGCUUGGGAUAUGCGACGGGAAACCCCCGCCACAGCGCAGGCAGUGGCCCCGCGGCGCCGGCGAGAGCCCAGCGAGAGCAGAUUGAUACUUCAGAGGAAUUGUCCCUGACUACAUCUCCACACUGAGCUAAGACUCCUUUCCAGGUAGAACACUGUUCUGGCGGGAGCUCUGAGGUUUUCCUGAAGAAAAAUUCCAUGGGGACUGUACCUGACCCUUUGAGAUCCGCUAAAACUUCCUUGAUCACAGCUUCUGGGAAAGAAGAGGAUCUAGAAGUGCAGCCUGCCUCCCAUCGGCCUCCACCAGCCCUCUUGUGUAAGAACACCAAUGGCCUUGCCGGCACUUCUGCAGAGCCAGACCUCAGCCCCAGGGCAGCUGCUGAGGUCCUGAUGCAGGCCUGUGAGCAUGAGACCACCCAGCCAGACAUGUCUUCUCGUGGGGUCUUCAGUGAGGUGGAAAAAGUGUCUCCUACAUGCAGUUCUCCUGACAAUACCCAGCUGCCAGGAAGCAGCGAGCCCACAGCGCCAGCCCCAUGUUCCGCAGCAGGAAAGGAUCUCAUAGACGAAGCAUUUCCAAUGCCAGCCAAUCAACACACCCACCAGGCCACCCCAGGUGACCAGCUCAAUGCAAGACCCUCAUCAGGACCUGAAGAUACCCUGCUGCAAACACAGAGAACCUUGGAUGGGGAGGCUCUUGAAAAACCUGAAAAGUCAAAUUGCCCUGUGGGAAGCACCCAGGGUAACAGCAAAGACCAAGUGCCCUGUGGUUUUCCUUCUCAAGAAACAAUGCAGAGAUUGCUGCAGACUACAAAUACAGCAGCCAACAUGUUCAGUCAUGCCUCUUCUCCUGUAGGCCAACCCGAAGGAGGAGGGCUGGGAGCCAUAUGCGACUCCCACCCAAGGUCCUGUGGCUCUCCUGCCAGAGAAGAUAGAUGUUCAGGGAACAAACAGCCUUCGGCCACCACCUCAGACAUCCAGGCCGUGACUUCUGUGACACCUCAAUCACCCCAUCUCACUAGCAAAGUCUCCACAUGUCCUCCAGAUCAGGUGUUGAGGUUCAAAGAAGCAAGUACAAUGACCAACCAAGCUGCAGGUGAGGUCAUGGAGGCUCCCGGCAGGGCUCGGCAAGACGCUGGGGUGCAGGCAGUGGCAAGUGUGGAGAGCAGAUCAGUCUCCACCAGCCCCAGCAUCCUCGCCGCGUUCUUAAAGGAAACCCCCAUUCCUGAGCAUUUGGAACAACAAGAGCAGCUGCGUGUCAUCUGCCAUGGCAGUGGCAGUCGGGGCCACACGUUGGAGCUAUCUGACAACAUCCACUCCCCCCAGGAGUCCAGUCCGUGCCCUGGCAUCAUGCCAGAUGCGCACGUCCAGGCAGCUGCCGCUGUUUCCACGGCUCUCCAAGGGCAAUGCAAAUUGGUGAGCCUGCCAGGUGAGGUCCUUAAGAUCUCAUCGAUCACCAUGGCACCCGGUAAUGCUCAGGAUCUGAGUAAGCAAGAUACCAGGUCCGUGGGAAUGACCCCAGCAAGGGAAGAGCCCACUUCUAAACAGCUUUCAGGUGUGAAUUCCAGGUCCCUGAAAGCCAGCCCCACUGACCAGAUUUCUAGCAGUGUGGGAAGUCAAACUGGAACAAAUCACGAAUUGAGGAAAGUUGAAACCAAGCCAUCUGAGUUUGCAGUGAAAACCACAGAUGGUCACAAAACAAACCCAGAUUGCCAACUCUCUGACUCUUGUGGCCAUGCCAGCAAAGCUGACCAGUCCGGGAGCUUGGAUCCCACUGAUAAAGGAGAUGCAAGAGAGAAGAAGCCUGUAUCUCCUCAGAUAGUUAAACAAGAAUGUAGGGGCACUGAUAUCCUCGAUGCCAGGGCAAAGGCAGAGGGCAAAACCCUGCUGCUGCUCAAUCCUAAAUCUCAAGAAAGUGGAGGCACUGGGUCCACUGCCAGCCCUAUACCCUCCCCAGUGAGGAAGAACCAGGAGGGCACCCUGGAGGAAAACAGGCAGACCAAGACAGCCACCAGCCUGAGCCUGCCGUCCGAUUCCAUGGGUGACUCCAGCCCAGGUUCUGGCAAGAGAACUCCUUCUCGCUUGGCCAAAGCCAGCCCACGGCGGGCCAGCCGCGUCAGUGAAUUCCUCAAGGAGCAGAAGCUAAAUGUGACGGCGGCUGCUGCCCAGGUGGGACUCACCCCAGGAGAAAAGAAAAAGCAACUGGGUGCCGACUCCAAGCUGCAGUUGAAACAGUCCAAGCGUGUCAGGGACGUAGUGUGGGAUGAGCAGGGCAUGACCUGGGAAGUGUACGGUGCCUCCCUGGACCCAGAGUCCCUGGGUAUCGCAAUCCAGAACCAUCUGCAAAGACAAAUCAGGGAACAUGAGAAAUUAAUCAAAGCUCAAAACAGCCAGACCCGAAGAUCCAUUUCUUCAGAUACUUCCUCAAAUAAAAAGCUCAAAGGAAGGCAGCACACUGUUUUACAGUCCAUGCUGCAGAACUUCCGACGCCCCAACUGCUGUGUUCGUCCUGCCCCUUCUUCUGUGCUGGACUGAAAGGGAACAUGUACGGGCGCCGUUGUGUAUAUUUGUAGUAUCCCUAAGUGUCUAUGUAUGUCAAAGCUUACUUAGGUGUUUGUUUGUUUUAGUUUUUGGUUGUUGUUGUUUGUUUGUGGGAUUUUUUGGAGAGACGGGAAGACAAGCAAGAAUUUACUAUUGGAAGUUGCUAUUAAGAAUUGCUGGGUCCUUUGAUUGGGCUCCAGAAAUAAAAAAUAUCAUUUCAAUUUGAAGGAAAGAACAAGAGAAAAUAAGAAAGCUAGCUCCACUGAAGGUUAAUGACCCUAAUUAGGAGAAAAUAAUAUUCAGGGGAUUUUUUAAUAUGAUAUUACUUAUGGAACUAGCACUAUCAUUAAAUAUGUGUCAUUUUGUAUUACUGCCUCAAUUUAUCACACUGUGGUGUUUCCAUUAAAAUCCCUGCUUAAUAUUAAACCUAGCAAAAGCACUGUUACGCUUUCUAGUCGUAUUGCAAUAAGAAUGCUAUUACCACACAAAAUUUAAGUAGAUGAUAAGAACUAUAGUGUAAAACUGUGAAACAAAUUGACUCAUUCUUCGGCCAGACGACAUUAAGGAAAAGCAUUUAAAUGCAUACAAUACCAAAUGAAUUAAUAUUUAUCAACAUCAGUGAUAACUGUUUUGGUAAACCUUGUUAUACUGUCAAUAAAUGUAAGAAAGUUAUGUUAGGAAAAUUAGCUGAGCUUUUAAAUAUGAAUACUGCCCACAUAAAACUUGAAUUCAUAUCUGCAGAUUUUCCUGCACUGAAAGCACGGGGCAUCUCUAUGAUUCUGAUGAGAUUAAAUUCCUGUUUCUUUAGAUGAAGUACAUGCCACUGAAUUCUUGGAAGGAGUCAUUAAAUUAUUAAUAAUACUAAAGUUUGUGUUGUACAGGUAUUCUCCAAAAACAUUCUGCUGAGAAUGUUAAGCUUUCAGUAAGGAAUUAUAAAUAGCCAAACACUCUCUUUUCUGUGUUGAAAAAAGGAAGUAACAAAAGCAAUGGGUUAAUUUCAACUCCUAUAAACAGGGUGCAGUUUGUGUUAUCCUUUUGACUUGCUCGUGCAGUAGAUGCUAAUAGAAAAUGUAGUAAACACCAAAUAGAACACAAGCUUCCUCAUGUUUUUGUAGGUAGACUAAUAUCAUCUAUACUUAAGUUUCUCAUCUGUAGUAAAAAAAUAACCUCUGAAAUUAUUGAUUUUAAGAGAAAUACCUUCAUACUCAUCCUUCAAAUCCAGAAGAAGAGGCCCUUACUAAACCACAGUUUGAGCUUGGAGCGCUAUAGUUUUUGUGACCAGAGGCACCUGUUUGAGCUCAGCCCUCACUUGCCUUCACAAGAAGAGUUUUCAUUCAUACCUGAGUGUCUUGCAGGGCACUGGGCUGGAGGGGCAUGGAAGAGGGCAAUGGGAUGGGACCCUGGAAAAGGUUCCCCUACUAGAUUCAUUGUAGGGAAAUCAGUCCCACCUUGCAUUUCAAAAAUCAGAUUGUUAAAAGCAGGACAGGUGCUCCCUGGUUGCCUUCACUGAGCUCAUUCCCCUUGAUGAACCAGAAGAGAGUGUCUGGCCAUAUAUUCUCUCUCUGGUGACGCAUAAGUGGCAUUUGUGUAGUAAACUCACAAUCUCUGUUUUGGCUUUUUUUUCUCUCUUUUGCAGAUUCUGAGCAUAUAGGGAAAAAUCUUUUAUACCUGAACUUUAAUACCAUAUGCUAAACUGGGCACAACCUAAAUUAGUAAACAGUCGUUGGUUUCUUUGAAAGCAAUUGGACUGUAUAUGAAGACUGCAUAGAUUAAGGUCACAGCGCUCUUAGAGCCUAAGAAUGGUGAAAUCGCAGUGGUUACACUUGGAAUAUAUAAUAAAUUUUUUAAUAAGGCACGUUUUUCUAUUUCUUACCAAUUGGCCUCUAUUAAGAUACUAGCUAAAGUGGAAAUUACCAUCAAAUUACCAAUCAAACGACGAUUAAUGAUCAGAGAUUUAGUCUAAAACUCUCUCUGGCCACGAAUAUCCAUUAGUGAUGGUGUUCAUGUGGCUUCUGUUGGAGAUGCCUUCGCCAGGAUGUCCUGUCACUCACCCCCCUUCCUCACUGCCUUCUCCCUCACCCGUUGGCAUACGUGCUGUGCACACACGAGAGUACCCUGUGUAUGCAGCGGUAGCCGUCAGCAGUAUCUGCUUCAGGGGUUGGGCCCAGGUGACCCACCGGGAAGUGCCCAGAACAGGCUGUUCCUGCGUUAAAAUAGGAGGAGACGGAGAAUUUAGCAUCUGGUAGUAAUAUUUAUUCUUAUGAGUUUGGAGUAAUCACGUGAAUUAUAAAUAGUUAAGUUAUACAUUUAUAAUUUAUACUUAUAAAUUACAAAUUUAAGUUUAUAAAUUGUAAAUAGUUCAAGUUAAAAAUGAGGCAGAGGCCUAAGAGCAUCUUCGACUUUGUAGCACAUUAAGUAAACAGAUUAAGAAAAUUACAUUAAGUUACUUAACACUAAAUGUAGUGUUGCAUUUGUGCCUCUCAGAGUCAAACUUAAGAUCUGAUUUAGUAAAUUUGACUAGUUUUCUUUGGUACCAGAACUAGCCUUUCCUUCUUAAUCUUUAUUUUUUUUACUUUUCACCUUUACUUCUACCACACUCUAGAGAUUGUCACAAAAUAGUACAAAACUUUUCUUGUUUUGUUGUGUAUUGAAUCUUAAAGAAGGAACAGCUUUUCAAAACAGUAAUGAAAUAGAUCACUGAGUGAAUAAAUAACAAAGCCUCCUGAAGACAGGCCAUGCUUUGGCUUUAUAACACUCCAAGUACUCGCACCAUCAAACCUUACUUUGAAAAUUUUCCUUCACUUUGAUCUGUGACACAGCGUGGACAUUCAGCACAUCAUUCGUGACUCCUUAGGUUUGUUCAACAACAUGAAAGUGGAAAACAGUUUUUGUAGCAGAUUCUUUGAACUCGUUGGGCUAUUCCUUAGCCCUGCUGCGUGACCUACCAGGUUGAAAGUUGGUUUUGGCUUAAUUUUAGAUGUUCCCGUUCCUUUAAAUGCUUUUUAGUCAUUGACAUACAUGGAGGAAAUAUAAAAUAUUUCUUAAACGAGUACUACAAGAGAGAUGAAUUAGAACACAGUGUCUGGAAGAUAGUGAAAUGUUUAAAAUGUUAAGAGGCCAUAGGGCUUACCCAGUAAAUACUAGAAUUCCUAAUUUAAAUUGUUGAUUUUUCUGUUUUAAUGACCACAAGAAAAAUGCCAUCACUAGAGCUGUCAUAUGUUUAUCUUCAGUGCUUUUCUAAUUAUGUCUUUCUGGAUUAUUGGCUUUGAUGCCACAGACCAACUGCUCUACAUUUAUGUUUUGGACGAACGGCAUAAGUUGAACGUUUUGUUAGGUCAGAGAAAUCUUUUUGUUUGCAUCCAAAAUGAAAUAUUUAUAAAAUAUAUUAGUAUGUUUUCCUACCUUGACAAGUUCAGCUGUGUUGAAUAUAAUUUGAAUUAUGAUGAUUUCUUAAUGUUUAGAAUUGUCUGAUAAUUGAUACUUUGGAUAUCGGUAUUCUUCACGUUAUAGGUUACAUCUCAAAAUUUAAACAAACUGUAGUGAUUAUGCAUGUGUAAGAUAUACCCUAGAGGCUGAAUUUUGGGACCAAAUCCUUAAUAAGAGUAGAAAACAGAAGAAGGAAAUGACUUGUGGUGGCAUCCCAGAGAAUUGGGGUUUUAUUGUUCCUAGCUAAUUCUAACGUUAUUUCUCUCAAUUCUAGGAGUUCCCAUCAUUCUGGGAAUACAUGUAUAUACCACAUGAAGAAGAUAAUAUAAUGUGACUUUAAACUUUGUUUACAGAGGAUAUAUAUGAGUGUGCUCUUAAUGUAAAUUGUUUGGCCUUUGCUGUAUCCACUGUUACCAUUUUGCUGUCAAAAUGUGAGAAAUUAUCUUCCAUUCCUCCUAUGUAUUGUGCAAGUGUUAAAAAAGUUGUCCAUUUCUAGUACCACAUAAUUUACUACAUCUCUUGUCUACUUUUUAAGAAUCAGUAUAAAGAAAAACAAUACAUUAGGAAAGGUUUGCCUAUAUGUAUAUGUGUUUUUACUGAAAAUUGGGCACUUGUAGCCUUGCAUAGGCCUCUCGCUGUCUGAUUUACUGAUCAUGUACGAUGCUGCCAUGGAGAUGACGCUGUUUACUCUCUCCUGCUUUGUCCUAAAUGGUAUUUGAGAAAUGAGGCCUGUGAAUUUCCCUUUGUGAUGAUAACACAGUGAACUCAGUAGCAUCUUGGAUAAAUGACUGACCAUCUUGUCCCCCCCAACCCUAUUUUGUCUACACAGAGAAUCAGAAGUCUUGUCCACGUCUGCUUCAGUGUUUGCUAUUUUACAUUGAUAUCUGAGCAUUUUGUUUUCUGUUAGCAAUGUUCUUUGAUGCUGUGUGUGGCCAUGUUGGUGAAUCUCUCCAAAUGUGGGUCAGCUGCUGCCACCUGGCAAAUGACAGGUGAUACGUUAAGUCUCCUGUCCAUUCUUGUAACUAUAUCCUUAAUGGAAUUCUGCAACUGGAUGAGUAAUUAUAAAUGUCGUCUUUGCAGACACAUGGGCUUAAGGAUGUUACAAAAUUUUAGACAUUUUUGCAAACGGGGAAAAAAGUAGUCUUGUAAAUACUGAAACAUUUCCAUGAAAUUUAUCCUGCUCUUGGAAAAAAAAAAUUCCCCUUGGCUGCAGAAAUGAGAUAGACUUUAUUUGUGAUGACCAAGGACAUAAAUGAAGAUGGAUUGAGGUGGAAAAAUUCUGUCUCACAAGUAAUCGGUGACAUCUGCCAGAGAUCAUUACAGCUACUCUUAACUGUGAACACUCACCAGCUAAACUACUCACUUGCCACAACCAAAUAACCUCUCAAAGUAAAUCCAAUACAUCUGUACAUAUGUGUAGAUAGAAACAACAAAAAAUCCUGAAAAAUUACUGCUGGCUAUAGUUAAAGCAAGGUGACGAUAAUUAUAAAGAACGUUUGACCACGGGCCUUGGUGAAAUGACUGUGGAGGCCAGAACGGUGCAACAAGAUGUUAUUCACAAGUUCGGUAUUUUUUUUUUUAAGACCCAGAUAUCUCAGCUACUCAUCGUGAGAAUAAAGACUGUUGAAAAUGAAAUUAAAGCCAAGCAAUAAUGUGCCAAAAAGAGGCAGUUACACCAGCAAGUGCAUCUAUAAGGGCACACCAUUAUAUGAUAUGGUUUGCUCCAUGAAGACUGACUAUAACCCACAGGAUAAAAUAGGCAAAGGCAUAAUUUCUGCUUUCUUGUGAGAAAAACGUGUCUAGGAGCUCUAUAAAGAGAUACAGCACCGGUGACCACCGGUGGAGGUAUGGUUAACAGCUCUGUCUUAAUGCUAGCCAGGACGAAAAAGGAAUCCAAAUGUCUUGCUAGUUUAAAAUUCGAGAUAGAUCCAACCAGAAACUUUUGAAACGUAGGGGUUAAAUAUAUGGUAAUUACAUUUCCUGGACACUUGCAGUUAGGAAAGCAAUCCAGUUAAUUCUGCCUAGGGGAUUACCAGCCUUAGCUUUGGGGAAAAAAGUGUUCCCUAUUGUAAAAUAACUAAAACAUGAGUACUCAUAUCAAAAAGGGCCUCAAAUAAUGCCUUAUAGAAAGAAAAUGAUAUUCCAGAUGGGCAUUUCUAAAUACUAGCCCUUCAUCAGAUAUUUUUUCAGUUCAAGCUUAAAAUCAAUGGGCUGCAAAAAAUAAGUGACGUAUUUUCUAUUUUAGAAAAUGAUACUAAUGAUCAACUAGCAUGGUGAGAAUUAUGAUGAAAAAUACCCUCGUGAUUUAAGUGUGCUAAGAAGAAAUAAAUGGGAGAGAAAUGCAAACUUCUUUCUUGAUCUCUUAUGAUGCGAGGAUGUCAUCCACUGAUCUGCAGGGUGAAAAUGAUGGCUUUGUAACAUUACUGCUAGCAUUACUCUUUGUCACUUUAAAAAUUAGAUUGUCUAUUCUUUAGCAAAACGUUUAAGUGGUUAAAUGAUUUUUCUGUUUUAUAUCAUUGCUUUAAUAUCACGUGAAGACUGUACACCGCAAACUAUGUUGAAUGGGUAGAAGGAGCUUAUGUUUAUCAGGAUCUCUUAAUGAUUUUAGCUCAGAUUCCUUAAGGCUGAUUUUAGGCCACAUCUCUGAGUAAAUUAUUUUUCAUACUGUCUUCAUCACAUCUUAAAAUGAUGUUGGUAAAUCAGAAGAUUGCAGUAUUAUAGUCAUGUUCCUCAAUUCCUAGAGAGAGAGGAGAGACUAAUUUUUGUUUUAAGGACAUCUGGAGAUAGCUUUCCUGAGGCUGAGAAAGGUCAACAGGGCCUGAAAACACAAGAAAGAAUAUACUAAUAAUUCCUAAAUUCCUAAAUGUAUUUAUCUCUGGUGUACUAACGUGUGAACAAUAUGCUGUGCAUAAUACUGUAGCUGGAUGUGGUAUGUCAAUAUAUUUUGUAAGUGUGUAUAGUCUGUGAGUGGUUGGUUUUCUCUUUUUAUGUGUAGAAAAAAAUAACAUCUGUGUCCCAUUUCAAAACCAAGUUCUGUCAUCAGGUAGGCACAUGUAUGAAAAUGAAUAAAGCCAACAGAAGAGUGCAUAUAUAUAUAUUCAGUAACAGGAUUUGUCCUUUCAUUUUUGAAGGUCAGAAAGGGCUGUUGUGUGUGUGUGUGUGUGUAUGUGUUUAUCAUUUCUGAAAGUAGGUAACUAAUUGUCACAAAGGCUUAAUACAUUGCCAAUACACUGGCAUGUUACUAAAUAUGCCAGGUUAAUUGACCAUGCCAUUAGUCACAGGUAAGGUCAGUUCUUUGACCACCAGGAUGAUUUACAUUCCUCACACAUCCUCUCUGUGUUAAGUGUGUGACUAGGAUGUACAUACUAUGGGUGUGAUUGUGUACAUACCUUGUAUGAAUUGACCUACAUCCUCAAAGAGUUGCAGGAAAGCAGGAAAAUGAAACAGUUGUUCAAAAGCCUCAAAAGGGCUAAUCAAUGAGUAUUUUCAUUUUCUACACAUAAAAAUGUAUACUGGCAUAACUGUAAAUAGCUUAUCCACAUAUAUAUACACACAUAAAGGCAUUUUAUUCAUACUGUUAAUAUUUAAAUAAAUCACAAAUUAAAACCACA